UAACCCCUAACAACCCCUGUUUCACUAAAAAAAAAUAUGUGUAUGAUAUGUGCAUCCGUUUACGUCAUGUUCACCACGGCGGUGCCAAAUAGAGACGAAAAUCUUUUGAUUAAUCACUGAGAAGGGAUUUCCUUUCUUCGAGGAACUUCAAGUGCGUUUUUUGCCGGGGUAAUUGCGAGCUGUCAGGAGAGUUAAUCUCGGGUAUUCAGUUGGGUUCGAAUGGAUCGAACCAGAGACUCUGCAUCAUCAGACGUCAUGUCGAUGAAUUGAAGAAAAUCGGAUAUUGAAAUUAAUAUCUGAAGGACAAUAGUAAAAGACCUCAACAAUGGCUGUGGAAAUACUGGACGUGGAUCAUUUUGCCAUUAGUGCUGUUGUCACUAUUUGCAUGCAGCUGAUAUUCUUCUCGAUAGCUGCGACAUUUCAAAUGGACAAAGUCACAGAUUUUGCUGGGGGUGUUAACUUUAUAAUCGUAGCACUUUUGACGUUCUAUCUCGGUCAAGAAGGAAAAACUUAUGACAGUCGUCAGCUGAUGGUGACGGUGAUGGUGUGCAUUUGGGGUGCCCGUUUGUCCCUUUACCUUUUCUACAGGAUCCUGAAAAUUGGUCGAGACAAACGAUUCGACGAUCGCAGGAGUAACGUCAUAAGAUUCGCUGUCUUCUGGUCGUUUCAAGCAAUUUGGGUUUACGUCGUGAGCCUUCCAGUGAUACUGAUCAACUCACCUAGACACAAAAUUCCAAUUGCUCCAAAAACAAUGACUACCCUAGACAGCGCUGGAACCGGCUGCUUCAUCGUUGGACUUCUGGCAGAGACUUACGCCGAUUUGCAGAAAUUUGCCUUCAGGCAGGAUCCAGUUAACAAUGGAAAAUGGUGCAACGAUGGACUCUGGAGCUUCUCGAGACACCCCAAUUACUUUGGAGAAAUUCUCGUGUGGUGGGGAAUUUUUGUGAUAUCGUUGAAUGUUAUCCAGGGAAUAGAGUGGGUUGCAAUCGCCUCUCCAAUUUUUACAACGUUCAUUUUACUGUUUUUAUCGGGUAUGCCAUUGUUGGAAAAAUCAGCGGAUGAGCGAUACAGAGAUAACGCGGAGUAUCGUCAGUACAAACAGUCAACGUCUCCCCUAAUUCCCCUGCCCCCGACAAUUUACUCGGAAGUUCCCUGGUUCCUCAAGUGCUUCCUCUGCUGUGAAUUUCCCCUGUACGAUUCCCUGGACGUCAAGCCACGAUCAGCAGUCACGGAGUCAACGUCGAUCAGCCUGGCAGCGUCCACGUAGCUAUAAAUUAACGUCGGGCUUUCACUGUUUCGAAUCCCGGCGUUUCUUUAUUUCCCGCAAUUUUUCUAUUUUCCCCAAUUUUUUGUGAUUAAUUUUAUCUAUUGAAACUAUUCCAUUACUUAUAACUUCUAAUUCUGUCUAUUUUUGUCGCAUUUUUAUUCCUUUGUUCGGUACAACGUUACAUAUUUUUUCUAGUCUUCCCAAACGUUUCGAUUUUUCCGAAAGAAAAAAUCAAAAAAAUUACUCUAGAAAUGAUUUUUUCUCGUUUUCAAAUUCGUGUACUUUAUUGCGAUUGGUUAUGAUUAUUUGUUUGUUACUAGGUAGAGUUUAAUCAAAUGAAGAAUUUAUUCCGAGGGAAGAGAUUCCUGCGUGGAAUAAAAUAAGAAGACAUUUGAAAGCGAAAAAAAUGAGCAGAAAAAAUUACAAUCUGAAUAAUUCUAGUAAAAAAAUUGAAUCAUUGAGGGAAACGCUAGAAAUAAUUCAAAGAGAAUUAGAAUUGUUGAACUUCCUCACCGAUCUACUUAUUUUAUUCUGCCUCAGGAAUAUUGUGGAAUAACUGAAAAUCCAAUUUAUCGAUCAACAAUUGAGCCAAAGAGUGAGAGAGAAUCGAAAAAAGUGACAUUCUGUGAAUGCUAUUUUCUGAAUUGUUUUUGGAUCGAGAGUGAGAGAUGAGGAUUAACCCCUGGCAUGGACACCAUGGCCCCCAUAACCCUCGACAGCUCACGCCAAAAUGCAUAAUAAUUAAAUUCCAAAUGGAAUACCGAUGUCGAGACAAGUGUUUUUUGAUAGAAUGUUCUAGUUCUUCAAAAUAAAAUAUUUCGUUCUUCUACGUGACAGGAGAAAUUGAAUAGUUUAUCGACAUAGAUAAUCAUUUUAUAACGAUUUUAUUGCACAUUGCCUGCUGUCCCUGCCAGGGAUUUAAAGAAUUAAUCUAGUCUGUAAACGAACAAUUUACGCUCAACGAGAAAUAAUGAGUGACGAAUACAGAAAUUCUAUUUAACUAGGGAAACAAAAAUAGGUGCGAAACACUUGAGGAAUGCGGAGUUGAUGUCCAAUGACGUCGUAUUCAUUAAAAAACAGGAUUGAAGAUAUGAAUUAUCCAAAGGAUGUCUUCUAGACUGGACCAAUAGCCAAAGAAGGGAAUAGAUAUAUCAAUUAGAUGUUAAUAGGUUUCAAAAUUAUCCGAGGCCUCGUUGUAACGCUAUUACGUGUUCAUCAACACCUUGGUUCUCCAUCCUUGAUCUUCCGAAGAGAGAAAAAAAAUUCAAACGGUAGUUAACGUGUCCAGUGAAGUGGAAAACAAAUAGAUUUUGCUCAUAUUUUGAUGAUUUCACUCAAUCCAGGAUUUUUGUUUGGAAAAGGUGAAUUAAUUACGAAAUUAUUUAUUAAUAGAUAAAUCAAUAUGUCUAUUAGUCCGGUAAUUAGUCCACACAUUAAUAAUUCAUUUCAAGUAAUAAAUACUUAAUUUAUGAAAAGAGACCUUGAAAAAAAGCAGGAGAAAUCUCUCUUUCGUCUUUCGUUUGUAAAAGACUUUUAGAAAAUCUUGAAAAAAAAUUAUCUCAAGCUCAGUCCUAGCGAAUGCUUCCAGUACGUGAGAAAGAGUCCCUUAGCUGUAAGAGAACCACAGAAAAAAAUCCCUAAAACUUUAGUCUUCUGUGUGUCCUGUAAAUUCGGAAAAGCCUUAGUAAUUCGUAAAUGAUAAACUCCUAUCACUAAUUAUAACUAAUCAAAUCAAUGGGAAAAAUUAAAAAAUGCAGUUGCAUCUAGUGAAAUCGACGAUUAAAAAAAAAUUAUCGAUGAUAAUAGGAUUCGUAAAUAUUUAGGCCAUAGAUUUAAUGGAAAAACGAAUUUAUUUCUCUUAAAAUUUGUACAUAAAAUUCACAUCGCCUGAUUCACUUAUUAUUGAUCAAAAAUAUCCGUCAGCAAAUGAAUAUUAAUUAAUCGGUAUGUAAGACGGGAGGAUCCCUAUAGGAGGUCUUCUAGGGCGUACCUCCUCAUCAAUUGGUUGUGAUUUCAUCUCAGUAUUGUCAGUAACAACAACAUCGGUCUCAUUCGAUGCUUUAUGCAUCAUCUUCAUUAACUCAAUUUUUUUAUUAAUUUUUAAUUUUUUAAUCUUUAAAUCGUUCUCACUACAGCUAUCAUCGUAGUACCUUCUUUUAAUGUUAUCGUGAGAUGAAAUAUCAACCGAUUUUUUCACUGAUAUUGAUUUGUUGUAUGUGUUUGAGGGUCGUGGAAGUCUCAAAGUAUCUUGCUGUGGUAACAAACAUUGUUUAUGAGGAUAUGGACAAUUCUUACCUUUCGCACAUCGCCCGUACUUGUCAAAUUCAGGACAUAUGUUGGUAUGGCGUUCUUUGCACUGUGAAAUAAUUUGUUUGACGAUAAAUGGUUAAAGAAAAUUGAAAACUAUAUCACGUAGCACGUUUCAGUGCUUCUUUAAUUGUAAAAUUUUAGCAUAUCAAGUUUUAAUGUUAUUUAUUCUGAAAUUUAUUGGAAAAUAAAGUGAUUGAGAUGUUUGGAAAUUUUGACAGGAAAUCAUUUUAAAAACGAUAAUAAUAAUAUCAAUACCCUCAUUACUAAAAUAUUACAAGGAAUAUUCAGACCUAAAAAUCACAAUCAGUGUAAUCCAAUAAAUUCCAGGAAAAAUUGUAGAUUUUAAAUUAAAAAAAUGUGAAAAAAAAAA